GUAACUAGUUUCGAGGCAUUAACGACUCGCGGAAUGACGUUGGAGGAACGUCAGGAUACAAAGUUACAUGGUGGAGACACUGAUGGCCACAGUGCCGAUUUCUUGCUGGUGUCACGCUGGUUGCUGAUCCAAAAUCUUUGUAUAAUAUGCCAGGAAACAGACAAAACGACUUUACAUAUAUUAAUGUCUCUGAUAUAUAUUCACCCAGUGGAUUAAUUAAUGAAAAUAUCACUCAGCAGUUUUUGGGUAACAUCAUGGUUCUGCAUGAGCUGUUAUGUUAUAUUAUAUUAUAAAUAACAUCAUAAACUCACAAUGUUUCAAAAGCUAUAUUCUGCUUCUGUUAUCAGUGGUCUGAUUGGUCGUAGCUGGGCCAUGUUAUUUGCCAGUGUUGGCUACAGUGUAUACAUUUAUGACAUUGACAAGAAUCAAAUCUCAUCUGCUUUGAAUGAUAUUAAAGAACAGACCAAGAUUCUGGAAGAAAAGAAACUUCUUCGAGGAAAACUGUCAGCAAGUCAGCAGUUUGCGCUUAUUAAAGGAACCACACAUCUUGAGGAAGCCAUAAAGGGAGCAACAUUGGUGCAAGAAUGUGUCCCAGAGAGACUGGACCUCAAGAGGAUUGUGUACCAGGAUGUGGACAAGUUUAUGGAUGACAAUACCAUACUGUCCAGCUCAACAAGCACAUUCCUCCCCUCCAGGCUGUCUGAAGGACUCACACACAAAAACCAGUUCAUAGUGUCACACCCUGUGAACCCACCAUAUUAUGUGCCAUUGGUGGAGGUGGUACCAGCACCAUGGACAGAAGCAUCAGUCAUUACAAAGACCCGUGAAAUUAUGAAGGAAAUUGGGCAGGUUCCUGUCUGCCUCAACAGAGAGAUUGAAGGGUUUGCCCUUAACAGAAUUCAGUACUGCAUUUUAAAUGAAGUAUGGAGACUGGUUUCUGAUGGAAUUCUGAAUGUUGAGGACAUUGACAAUGUCAUGUCUGAAGGUUUGGGCAUGCGAUAUGCUUUCCUGGGACCAUUAGAGACUGCUCACCUCAAUGCUGAGGGUAUGGAAAGCUACUGCGAUCGCUACAGCAAGACAAUUUAUGAUGUGAGUGUGACAUCAGGUCCAGUGCCAAAGUUUGAAGGUCCACUUGUAAAAGAAAUCAACAGACAACUUUGUACUAAAGUACCGAUUGAGACACUGCCGGAACGCCGAGCAUGGAGGGAUGACUGCCUCACCAAGCUGUCCAUUCUCAAGAAACAGAUGAACAACUAAACAGUGCCAUACCAGACACUCUCUACACUUUGCAAUAUGCACUAUCAUUCAACUACAUAUACUGUGCAGUAAAUUGAUGUUAAAAUUUUGUACUUAAAAAAGUAGCAAAUAAAUAUUCUUCAAAAGUCA